GUGGGUACUCCAUUUUCCAUAAUCAUCUCUCAACGCGGUAAUACACAUUUUCAACUUCUCUUUCUUUUCCUCGCUGUUUCAGUGCUUCUUAUUCUGACUUUUUUCCUUUCUUUCUUUGCCUUCCGGCCCUUCUGAGGUGGAGCAUCAAAAACAAAACAAAAAAGAAUCUCAAUGGCCGGCGCGGACACACGUCCUAGCCCGCCCGUUGUGCUGAUGGACUGCAAGGAGGUCGGUGUCACCAUAAACGUUCUUUCGCCGCCGACGACGUCAAACUACCUCGCCUACAACCGUGUGUGCGCGACGCUGGACAGCGACUAUCUAAUGCAGCCUAUCAACGAAGCGCAGUACGACAGCGAGACGCAGGCCUGUGUUGAUCGAGCCUCGAAUGGACCUACCUCCUUCUACGACCACUACGUGCGCAAACCAACGCGCAAGAAGGGCCUCACAGUCGGAUGCGAGUGCCCGAUGGAGCACGCCGUGAACGAGGACUUUCUCAUGCCUCCGACCCAGCGCGACUUGCCAGCUGGCGGCGUCGCUGCCGGUGUCUUCAGCGAUCCCCUGACGCGUCGGCUGGCAACCGGCCGCAUGCCGCCGCAGAGAAAGUGA